AGUAGUGGGCCGUCGAACGUGACGAGGAUGUCAGUCAGUAAACUACAGCAGCUAGCUAGCCAGCUAGCAUCUGCUUAAGUGUAUGCUUCGGGGAAUCCGGUAAAAUAUAGCCAACUUCGUUUGUUUUUCGAAACCCAAUAUUGGACUCUUUGUUGUGUGAGAGACAGACAAGACAUAAUGACAGAACUACGGCACCGCGGCGUCGCGGAGAACGAGUUACAGCAUCAACAAUCAGAGGACAAGGGCUCAGACACAGAAGGACGGGCUGAUGGCGCGUCAGACUCCGAGACCAAAGCCGAUGCGGGCGCGCCCGAAGUCCCCGCUCCUGCUGACGACACACCGGAGGUUCUCAACAAGGCCCUGUCAGGACUGUCGUCAAGAUGGAGGAACUGGUGGGUGCGGGGUAUCCUGACUCUGGCUAUGAUCUCCUUCUUCUUCUUCAUCAUCUACCUGGGCCCCAUAGUGCUGAUGAUGAUUGUGCUGUGUGUCCAGAUCAAAUGCUUCCAGGAGAUCAUCACCAUCGGCUACAGCGUGUACCACUCCUACCACCUGCCCUGGUUCAGGACGCUCAGCUGGUACUUCCUGUUGUGCGUGAACUACUUCUUCUAUGGCGAGACGGUGACGGACUACUUCUUCACGCUGGUGCAGCGUGAGAUGCCGCUGCGCAUCCUCAGCAAGUACCACCGCUUCAUCUCCUUCGCCCUCUACCUCACCGGCUUUUGCAUGUUUGUGCUGAGCCUGGUGAAGAAGCACUAUCGCCUGCAGUUCUACAUGUUUGGCUGGACUCACGUGACCCUGCUGAUUGUGGUCACUCAGUCCCACCUCAUCAUCCACAACCUCUUUGAGGGCAUGAUCUGGUUUAUCGUGCCCAUCUCCUGUGUCAUCUGUAACGACAUCAUGGCCUACAUGUUUGGCUUCUUCUUCGGACGCACACCACUCAUCAAGCUCUCUCCCAAAAAGACGUGGGAGGGUUUUAUCGGAGGCUUCUUUGCCACUGUUGUGUUUGGGAUUCUGCUCUCCUAUGUGAUGUCGGGGUGGAGUUACUUUGUGUGUCCGGUGGAGUUCAACAAUGACACCAACAGCUUCACGGUGGACUGCGUUCCCUCAGAGCUGUUCCAGCUGCAGGACUACACCCUCCCCGCUGUCCUGGAGUCCAUCACUGGCUGGUCCACCGUGCGUAUGUACCCGUUCCAGAUCCACACCAUCGCCCUGUCCAGCUUCGCCUCCAUCAUGGGACCCUUCGGAGGCUUCUUUGCCAGCGGCUUCAAAAGGGCCUUCAAGAUCAAGGACUUUGCCAACACGAUCCCGGGCCACGGUGGCAUCAUGGACCGCUUCGACUGCCAGUACCUCAUGGCCACGUUCGUCAACGUCUACAUCGCCAGCUUUAUCAGGGGACCCAAUCCCACCAAAGUGAUCCAGCAGCUGCUGGCCCUGCGCCUGGACCAGCAGCUCUUCAUCUUCAACUCGCUCAAGACCCACCUCACAGAGAAGGGGCUGCUGCCUGCCGGGGAGGAGGUGGCCUAGGCGGCCCAGGAGGUGCCCUCUCGCCUCAGGGUGGAUGGGGG